AUGGGAAAUGUUGCAAGCUGCUGUGAAUCUUGCUUUCAAGGGCGCAGGUCGCAGGCGUACGAACCGUUACUCCUAGAAAACGAGCGCGAAGCUGUAGCAGAUUUGCUACAGUACUUGGAGAACCGAACCACCACCAAUUUCUUCACCGGCUCUCCACUUACAGCUUUAACGACUCUUUCUUUCUCCGACAACGUAGACCUCCAAAGAAGUGCAGCUCUCGCCUUCGCAGAGAUCACAGAAAAGGAAGUUCGCCCUGUUGGACGGGACACCUUGGAUCCUAUUCUCUUUCUUCUCAGUAGUCAUGACACGGAAGUACAGCGGGCAGCAAGUGCUGCUCUAGGAAACCUUGCAGUCAACACGGAUAACAAGCUGCUUAUUGUUAAACUUGGAGGUCUAGAGCCGUUGAUCCGUCAAAUGUUGAGCCCGAAUGUAGAGGUGCAAUGCAAUGCCGUUGGUUGUGUCACGAAUCUAGCAACACAUGAUGACAACAAGACCAAGAUUGCCAAGUCGGGUGCUCUUGUUCCUCUGACCCGUCUUGCACGCUCCAAAGAUAUGAGAGUACAGCGCAAUGCAACUGGCGCGCUACUGAACAUGACACAUUCAGACGAAAACAGGCAACAAUUAGUCAAUGCUGGUGCAAUUCCCGUCUUAGUGAGCCUUCUGAACUCCCCGGACACGGACGUACAAUACUAUUGUACGACUGCAUUGAGCAACAUAGCGGUGGACGGUGCCAACAGAAAGAAGCUAGCUCAAAGCGAGCCCAAACUAGUAACCAGUUUGGUGAUGUUGAUGGAUAGCCCUAGUCUAAAGGUGCAAUGCCAAGCUGCACUAGCACUGCGCAAUCUAGCUAGCGAUGAAAAAUAUCAACUGGAAAUUGUUAAGGCUGACGGUCUUCAAUCUUUGCUACGUCUACUCCAGUCGACUUAUCUGCCCCUUAUCUUGUCUUCGGCAGCAUGUGUGCGUAACGUCUCUAUACACCCACAAAACGAAUCCCCCAUCAUCGAAUCCGGCUUUUUGCAACCUUUAAUCAAUCUUUUAUCCUUCAAAGACAAUGAAGAAGUUCAAUGUCAUGCGAUUUCCACUUUGAGAAAUUUAGCUGCUAGUUCAGAGAAGAACAAGAAAGCCAUUGUCAAGGCUGGAGCGGUUCAAUCUAUCAAAGAGUUGGUUCUUGAAGUCCCCAUCAAUGUUCAAAGCGAGAUGACUGCCUGUGUUGCUGUUCUUGCUUUGAGCGACGAACUCAAAGGACAGCUUUUGGAGAUGGGGAUCUGUGAAGUGCUCAUUCCCUUAACAAACUCCCCAAGCUCCGAAGUUCAAGGCAACAGCGCAGCAGCUCUUGGUAAUCUGUCUUCGAAAGAUGGUCGCUCACCGACAGACGAUUACUCUGCUUUCAAUGAAGUUUGGGAUAAACCCGACGGUGGCAUGCAUAAAUAUCUACAUCGUUUCUUGACCAGUUCGGAUGCCACUUUCCAACACAUAGCUGUUUGGACUAUCGUUCAAUUGCUCGAAUCUGGCGACCCACAACUUAUCAGCAAUAUCCGGACAUCCAAUAUCUUGAUACCAAGUAUCAGAAAUUUGGCAAUUUCCAGGGCACCUUCUGCUACAUCAUCGGUUGGAACUCCUCGAUCCCAUCACUCACAGGCUUCCUAUCAGGAUACGGAAACAAAUGAUGGGCAAGGCGAAAUUCAGCUUCUCUCUCGCAGAAUUCUUGACUUUGUAGACAUUGAUCUGGAUGGGUUGGCGUCGACAAGUGUUCAAGGAUCUCACAUUCAACCAGGAUCUUCUUUGGGUAGUUCUAGUCAACACGAGGAACUUCGGCGAAGUGUAAGAGAGGCGUUUGCGCCUGGGUCGCAUCGCUAA